AUGAGUGAAAAACUGCUUCUCAGGGCUGUGAAGGGUGGAAAAGCCACGAUUGUUGUGCUCCGUGAGAAGAACCUUACGACUGUGCCCCCUUUGAUAAGGAAAUUGUAUCACCUGAAGACUUUGGAUCUCAUGUCCAAUCAGAUCUCCAAACUGUGCCCAGAAUUUUUCAGCUUGGUUGAGUUGAAAAAACUAAAUUUGGGAAACAAUAAACUUGAAGAAGUUCCAGAAGAGCUGAAGUACCUUAAAAACCUGGAAAUCCUCCAUUUAUUUGGCAAUUUAAUAAAGUCAUUUUCACCUAAAUCAUUGGAUGGCCUAGAGAAUUUGAACUUUUUCAAUAUGAACAACAACAGGCUUAAAGUGAUUCCUCCAGAAAUAAACAGAUUACAGAAUCUUAGAAUCUUGAGUUUAAACAACAAUCAGAUAACUGAUAUUCCUAAGGAACUUUGUUCCCUGAUUAAUAUUUCUGAAAUUAAUCUAAACUACAAUCAAAUUGUUUCCAUCCCUGAAGAAUUUAAAGCAAUGAAGAAUCUCAGAAAGCUCUCUUUGGCAAGAAAUCGCCUUGAAGUAUUCCCAAUGGUGCUCUGCUCAAUGAACAAUUUAAAAAUACUAGAUGUGGCUGGAAACUUUCUUCAGAUACUCCCCAAAAAAAUGAUAUGGUGGGAAAUGGGGUACGGAGAAUUCUUCUGUGAAGAAAAUCCAUUUCUGAGGAGAUUGCCAAUUUUUGUUGAGCAGAGGGAAGAAGUUUUGCCUCUGAAGGAAAUUGCAGCAAGAUUUAUUAUGAAUGAGAUAAGUGAGGAGGAUCCAUUGUAUCAGCGAACUGUAGCACAUUACCCAGUAAUCUUGGAAAUACUUGCUAAUGACAAGGAAUGUACAUUAUGUGGAAGAUGCAUUCUAUCCUCAGGGAUAGAUAGUGUAAUUUUUACUCCUCCAAUGAAGUGUCAUAGUUAUCUAAAGAAUUUAUUUUCUCUGAUGGAAACCAGAAACAUUUUUUAA